AUGCGGCGUUUUCUUGCUCUCACAGAAAAGCUCAAACCGAUCUUCCAGGUCUCAGGAUCAAAAGGUAAAUUGGUGAGAACCAUAGUACCGAAGAAACGUGUGAACGAGAUCAAUAGCGAAGGAGAAACACUGAAGAAGAUUGAGGAAACGGCAGAGCCAAUGGUUGCCUUCAGUAGACCACCGCCAUUUUCGCCAUUUGUCGGUCCGCUGGUCAUGUAUUCCCUUCUUCAGUCAUGGUCUAGCCGUGAUGAAGACGGCUAG